AUGGCUGCUCAUGGAAGCAAGAGUCUAGAGAAUCUUCAAGAAGUAGGUGAAGUUGAUGCAAAGGAUUUGAAUGAGGAAAGACGAAAUUGUUGCUGCAGAUUAGUGAUGAAGAUGUCAAGGGUGAAGACAAUUCAGAAGAUUGAGGAUGAAGAAUCAACUCAAAGAAUUGAGAGUGAAAGCCAAGAAUCUUUAGAGAAUUUCAGAGGGAGUUUAUGUAGAAUGAACCAAACCACCCAAACCGCACUUCUCGCCGUUCAAAUCCCAACACUAUCGUCACUUCCUCAACCCCGGGCAACACCAACAACCGAAGAACAAGAAUCAGGGUCAAUGAAACAAGGCCAAAACUUGAUCAAGAUUACGAUGAAGCUCUCAUUAGGUCAUUCAAAUCAGCUAAGUACAAUCGAGCUCUCCGCUUUCUUAAGCGCAUGGUUGACAGGGGUUUUAAACCUGAUGCCAUUCUCUGCCAUUCUCUUCAUCAUCUUCCUCUCCAUCUUUGAUAUUUCACUUUGUGGGGAUCGAGAUAAACCUGCUCUAAUAACUUACCCAGAUGUGGCUCUCAAUUAUGUGUCUUGUUUUCAGGGUCUGUUGUUUUGUCCAGAAGCAGCUUCUUUGAUGCUUCGUAACUUCUGUAUUUAUCACAUUGAUGCUCCAGGGCAUGAGUUGGGAGCUGAUGUGAUUUCUUCGGAUGAACCUUUGCUUUGUGUGGAUGACCUAGCUGAUCAGGUUGCAGAAGUGCUUGAUUUUUUCGGGCUAAGAGAGGUUAUGUGCAUGGGUGUAACAGCCGGUGCUUACAUCCUCACACUAUUUGCUAUGAAAUACAAAGAACGAGUGCUUGGAUUGAUUCUUGUUUCACCGAUUUGUAAAGGACCUUCAUGGACUGAAUGGAUUUACAACAAGGUCUUGAUGAACUUAUUGUACUUCUAUGGUAUGUGCGGUUUACUGAAGGAAUGCCUCCUGCAACGUUACUUCAGUAAGGAGCUUAGAUGCAGUAUUGAGGGAUCAGAAUCAGAAGUAAUACUAACUUGCCGAAGACUUCUGGAUGAAAGGCAAAGUUUAAAUGUCAUGCGUUUUCUUCAAGCAGUUAAUGCAAGGCGCGACCUCAGUGAGGGACUAAAGAACUUGCAAUGCAAGACACUUAUAUUUGCAGGAGAGAGUAGUCCAUUCCAUGCCGAGUCUAUUCACAUGAGUACAAAAAUGGACAGCAAAAUCUGUGCACUUGUUGAGGUUGAGGCUUGUGGCUCACUAGUAACAGAAGAACACCCAAACUCCAUGAUAGUACCAAUUGAGUGUUUCUUAAUGGGUUUUGGCUUCCACAGACAACCACAUUUUGCUUCCUCAUCAAGCAACGGUUCAAGUCCAGCAAGCCCCUCUAAUCAUUCAAUCAUGUCACCAGAACUCCUCUCUCAAGAAAGUUUAGGAAUUAAGCUAAAGCCUAUCAGAACCCGUGUUCAUGUUGAAACCUGA